AUGAGCACCACAAUUUUGAUAGCUAAUAUUUUAUCAGAUUCGGAUUGUAAUAUGGAUGAAGAUGAAGGUGUUGCUGACGAUAUUGUUAGAGAUCGGAUGCUAUCCCAUGAAGAUAGAGAAGCAUAUUUCCUUCGGCUGAUUGAAGCUGAAUCAGAUUUGGAUGGAAAUGAUAAUGUCAAUGGAGCUGAAAAUGAGUGCGAAUAUUACAUGCCUAGAGGUGAUGCUGAAGAUUCUGAUGCUGAACAAGAUCAAUUCGAGAUUGAGGUAAACGAAGAAAGUGAUUAUGAUGAAUCGAGUGAGGAUAAUGAUGAAUCGAGCGACGAAAUGCCAACAACAUCUAGUGAGGCCGAUUUGUAUUAUAACACUAAAGACAAUGUGAAAUGGUACAAGAAGGCACCAAAUAUAAAUCGACGGGGAGCGGUUAACAUUAUUCGCGAAAAACUCUACAUGGGUCCUAAUCCAAUCACAAAGAAUAUGUCUAUUGUUGAUAUAUUCAAUUCCAUUAUGAGCGAUGCCGUCAAAGAUUUAAUUCUACGAUUUACAAACAAAAAGGCCGAAGCUGUAUACAGGAAAUGGAAUUCAGAAAACACAAAUUUUCAAAAAACUUGGAAACUAAUUACAGAUGAGGAGUUAUUAGGAUUUUUUGGAAUUUUGCUUAUAAUGGGUGCCCAUAAUUCUUCUAAAGAGACUCUCACAGAGCUGUGGAGACAAAAUGCAUAUCCUAUAUAUCGUGCAACCAUGUCGCGAAAGAGGUUCGCUGAAAUUUUACGAUUCCUUCGCUUUGACUGGCACGCCACAAGAGUUGCCCGACAGGAAAAAGACAAAGCUGCACCUAUAAGAGAUGUCUUCGAGAUGGUGAAUUCUAACUUAAGAGCUCAUUAUCGACCAUACGAGUCUAUAACCGUAGACGAGCAACUUUUUGGUUUUCGGGGCCGAACACGUUUUACGCAAUAUAUGCCAUCCAAGCCAGCUAAAUAUGGAAUAAAAAUCUGGUGGGCAUGUGAUUCCAAAACUUUUUAUCCACUUCAAGGCCAAAUAUAUACUGGGAAAAUAGACAAUGCAAGAGAUGUGAAACAAGGAGAGCGUAUAGUAAAAGAGUUGGUGGGCAUGUACAAAAAUUCUGGAAGAAAUGUCACCAUGGACAAUUUUUUUACAACACUUUCAUUAGCUAAAGAGCUGGCCACUUGGAAGUUAUCCGUCGUAGGCACAAUAAAAAAAAACAAAAGAUAUGUUCCUGAAGAGUUUAAACCGUCCCGAACCCGCGAAGUUGCAUCUAGUUUGUUUGGUUUUUCUGAAGGUGUAACGUUAGUGUCCUAUGUUCCUGCCAAAAACAAAUCAGUUGUGCUAUUGUCAACAAUGCACAAAAAUAAAAUUACAUCUGGUCCACAAAAUAAACCAGAGAUAAUUUUAUAUUAUAACGAAACUAAGGGUGGUGUGGACACGAUGGAUAAGAUGUUAUCACAGUAUUCCACAAAACGAUCAACAUUUCGGUGGCCAUUGGCACUGUUCUUUAAUAUUUUGGAUACAGCUGCUCUUGCCUCAUUUAUAAUAUACAAGGAGAACAUUGGAGGAACAUCUGUGAGGCAAUCGCAGCGAAAGCAUUUUAUUGAGAGACUUGGCGAAGACCUAUGUCGUCCGUUAAUAUUGACCAGGUCAAAAAUACCUCAAAUUACUGGAAGAUUUCCCAUUAGGUCAGCUAUGGAGUUCAUAUUAGGUGAACCACUUACCGCUACGAAUCAGGAUGCUGAUUUCGAGGCCGAUGAAACUACAGAAAGGGAUGCAACUGGGCGUAUUAAAAUAAAAGGCAAAUGUCAUAUUUGUUGCUCAUAUAAAAAAAAGAGAAACACACGGCAAAUUUGCGUUAAAUGCAAGAAGCCCAUUUGUGCAGAACAUAGGGUCUGUUACACUAAAUGUGACAUCUGCCAUCAUGCUUCAUCAUCAUAA